AACAUGAAGUGUUUAUAACGCUUAGUUAUUAAAAAUCAAAAUCUUCUCAUGCAACAGUGUCAACGACUUGCUUGAUCGUUGGAAAUCAUGUUAUGAGUCUACAUUUUAAUGCCAUGGUGAUAUGGUUAGGACCGUCGAUAACCUGCCUCACAGCCAAUCGAUGAAGCGAAGAAGAGCUCGGGCUCCAAGAGUGCGAACUGGAUGUAAAACUUGCAAAAUACGCCAUCUCAAAUGCGACGAAGCGAAGCCGACCUGUCAUCGUUGCUGUCAAGACCGAGUCAAAUGCGACGGUUAUGAUCUCUUGCCCCAAACGAGUGUGACCCAUCAUGAAGGACAUCCGGAGUAUAACACAAUACAACUCGUCCGACCCAUACAGUCACUACCCACGGACACCCAAGAUCUAUAUUUCAAUCAUGCUGUCCAAUAUACUAUCCAAGAUUUAACCGAUUCAACGAUAAGCACAAGCUUUUGGACCGACUCCCUCCCUCGGUCACUGUCACAGAUCGAAGCAACGCGCUAUGCCUUGGUGGCAUUAGCAGCUGCUCAUAUCGACUUCCUAACACAAAGGACGGACAACUACAAUGCAGCAGCAGCAGCCAAGCACGAGCGGUUUGUUGUACUGCACUACAAUCUAGCAAUUCGGCAUUUGCAACCUCUUCUGUCCAAGGCGACACCAGAAGAUGCUGAGGCCGCUCUAGCUUGUUGCAUACUAUUCAUCUGCCUCGAGAAUGUUCGAGGACGAUACGCCGAGUCACUUAAACACUUGCAGUCCGGAGUUAACUUGCUUGUAUCAUUGUUGGUCCCUGAUUCGCAGCGUCAUUCUUUGACGACCCGAAAAGGUCGUCUGCCAGUGGCGCUGCACCAAGCAAUAUCAUCCACAGGCCAACGCAAGCGAACUAUAGACCAUAUCGCCGUCUUGUUUUCCCGCCUGAGUCUAGAGACGCAUAUACUCACAGACAAUGAAGUGGUCUCGCUCACAACAAUCUCACGUGUAAGCGGGGAGCUUGGCGGGGCUGAGUUCUGUCCAUCCAAGCCAAUCAUGACAUUGGACGCUGCCAGAGACGAGCUCCAUUCGUUUGAGAUCGCUCACGAUAUCUUCUAUCAACAGACGUACAGUAGCAUCAAAAGCAGGGCAUCAUAUGCCAACGGGCGGCCCAGGCAGCAGCCCGAAUGCUUCUUGACCCUGUUCAGCGAGAAUGACAAAGCUAUUUAUCAACAGAUAUACCAACAAUUUUGGCAAUGGAGCGCCCGUUUUGACCAGUACAUGGUCGAGUGCGCUUCUUAUUCAAGACCGUCUAAGGACUUAUCCGACGCGUCCAAGAUACGUCUUCUGCAAAAGACAUGGAUUGCCAUAUUGGACGAAGAGCCGUGGACAUUCAGCGGCCAAAGUACUACUGCACUCGGUGUCUUGGAUGAGCUCUUGCCUGACGUCGAAUCAAUCAUCGACUUGAGGGGUCCAUCCUCACGGCGUCUUUUUACAUUUGGCGCCGACGUUGUACCCUAUAUAACGCUUGCGGGAUGUCUGACGGAGGAUUUGGGACUGCUACAGCGAAUUAUUCGUGUGCUCAAGCUGCUCGACAGGAGGGAAGGACUUUGGGAUAGCAGGGACAUUGCCGAGAUCUUCGAAGCCUCUAUCACAGCCCGUGCGGAGCUCGGAGUGAACAUCAGACGCAGUAACGGGGGCAUUCUUCACAUGGCCAAGAGUCUAUCGGCGAUGAAUAUCCCCUCCAUUUCGCCUAACAACUCGAUCGCUCUUCUAGCUAGAAACAUCGAAUUAUAGAGGCAACUUUUGCAACAACGAUAAAAGAAGAAGAAGAAGAAGCAUCCCAUAGUACUGAAACUUUUUCGCAAAAGCGUAUGCGAGUAUUUACAAACAUACAUACAAAAAUUCUAAUUCUCACGAUAU